AAUUUCAAGAUGGCUGGUUGUGGACACCAACACCAUGAUCACGAACAUGAUGUUUCUGAAGAAGAAAGAGGUGCUCAGUUUCACCUUUUUCUAAAGAUCGACCUCUUAAAGCUUCAGUGCUUGAACGAAGCUGAGGAUGAUUCGGCCAAGAACGUUUUCAAACCCUGGGACGAACGAUUGGAUACGAAAAAAUUUGUGGAAAGUGACGUUGACGAAGAACUUUUGUUCAACAUACCUUUCGUUGGACAAGUCAAAUUAAAAGGUGUUGUGGUGAUUGGUGGAGAAAAUGGUGAGCAUCCUUCUGAGAUGAAACUGUAUAAGAAUCGGCCUUUUAUGACUUUUGACGAUACAAAUGCGGAGGCUGAUCAAACCUUCGAAAUGAGUGAGGACCACGAUGGAAGUUUAGAGUACUCACCUAAAGUGGCACGGUUUUCUAAUGUGGAGCAUCUUUCUAUUUACUUUCCGCGUAACUUUGGAGCUGAAACAAGCAAAGUGUAUUUCAUAGGAUUGAAGGGAGAUUUCCAGGAGGCCCAUCGCCACGGCGUGACAAUUUGUACCUACGAAGCGAAACCGAACAUAGCUGAUCACAAAACAGGCGCGUUUAACAGCGUCAAUCAUACCAUUAGCUAGGGAGAAAGUAAAGUGCUUCAAUUCUGAAUGAAAAAUUUAAUGCACUGUUGAAAGCUUGCUUCAGUGGAAAGUAACUUUAGUUGUAAAUUUCAACUUGGAGAAAGAGUGUUUCAAAUGUUUCAUGUGUCAUCGAUUUAUCAGUUACAGCUGUUGAACUAUUGUGAGUGUUAGUUUAAUCAGGAAUAAUAAACGAGGUGUUCUUUUAGAGUAGAAAGGCUUACUUUCAGGGGCACAGGUAGGACUUGGUUUUACAUUGAGGACAGAGAGGGUGGGAUUGGGGAGAAAAAGGUGAUACUCUCCCUUCCAAGCCCCCUCAUCUCUUGCACCUUUGACUCAUAUCUUUCUUUCCACGUUAAUAAAACAUUGCAAAUUAAUGAUUUA